UUCUAGCAAACAAAAAUCGUUUUUUUCAUUUACAAUGCGGGCUAAUUGUCACAAACAUUAGAAUGAAAUCUGACAGGUUCACGGUGUGGGAUAUGAAAACAAAUGAGUUUAAGCUCAUAGCUUCAUCGACUGUACUAUUGGGAUUGUGAACAGGGUCGCUCAUAAAAGUUCGCUUACUCUCCGUCGCCCUCUCGAAAUGCUUAAUUGUCAAGGAAAUGUAACUGUCCCCCUGACCUGAGGUGUUUGAAUUUGACGACUUGAGACAUUGCCAACACUAAGGAGAGCAUAGCCAUAGGUGCAGAGCUUGAACACGUCCCAGUACAUAUGAAGCACUAGAUGCUGAACGGUACUAAACCCACAACUGUAGAUGCAUGUUAACCCAGAGAUGGUGUACAUCUAAGUCGAUCUACUUCCAGUCAUGUUGACCAUUUCCCAGCCCUGUGGACUCAACAGCCUACAAGAAGACGGCAUAUCCUUGGCGGGAAGGGGUGACGUCACACGGUACAACCUCCUGCCGACGGCAGAUUAUAGUGCCCUCAAGACGACUUACACGUCUAUGCCGUCUUUACCCACCAGCUCGACUCGGGUGCACCACACUAGAGACUGGCACCAAUCGCUACUAAACGUCCAUAGUGAACAUGGCGCCUUGCGUAAGCUGUUGGGUGAGCAAGCCGCCCAGUCUAGUGUUGUCUCCAAGCUUCCCACCAACUCUGAACUGGGGAGACCUUUGAAAAAUUUGCUGGUGCUAAGCAUAGGUUGGAUGUUUUACUUCAUGAGCUUCUUCUCAUUACGUUCUCUUCAGAGCAGCAUCAACCACGUGGCAGGUCUAGGACUGGCUUCUCUAGCCUGUAUUUACGCCGGGUUUCUCGUGGGAUGCCUCGUUACCAUCCCAAUAGUCAGAAGGCUGGGCACGAGACGAAUCCUCGCAGCCGGACUCGUCUGUCAUAUCAUCUACGUAGCGGCUAACAUCCACCCGACAUUUUACACCGUCAUACCGUCAUCCACACUUGCUGGAUUCUCUCAGGUACUGAUGUGGACAGCGCAAGGAGCCUACCUCAUCAAACUCUCCAAGGCAGGAAGCGCGAGAUCGUCUAAAUCUCUCAACAGUACCGCCAGCGUCUAUUUUGGAGUAUUUUUCCUCUUCUAUUCUUUGGCACCAGUGUUUGGUUCCCUCUUGACUUCCGUCCUCAUGCAAACGGUGGCUGUGCCGUGGGACUACGUUGUCAACUUCUCAAACCAAUCAGUCUACGAUUCAAACGGGACCGCUCUUGAACAUUUCUAUGAAUACAACUGGUCAAACCACAGUUACACCACCCCUGACACGCCUACCAAGUCGUGUGGCUUGUUAUUUUGUCACGCAGAACUUAACAAUGACGAACUUUUUGUCCUUCCACUUCAAACCCGAUUGAUCAUUUUCGGGGCAUACGUUAUCUCCAUGGUCCUGUCAUUCACCAUUUUUACAUUGUUCCUAGACGAGCCACGUGAUCAAACGCAAAUGAAUCCUCGUUAUAUUUCUCAGUUCAAAUCACUACUUAAAUUUGUGAAAAAUCCCAAGUUUCACCUGUUGGCGCCUGUCAUAUUUUAUAUGGGAAUCCAGACUUCCUUUCACUCAGGAGAGAUUACAAAGGCCUACGUGACCUGUCUGUACGGGAUGGAGAUGGUGGGGUUUGCCAUGGCCGGGUUUGGCUGUUCGGCUGCGAUCUCGUCCUUUGUCACUGGCUACCUGAAGAGAUACAUCAACCGACUAGCAAUUCUUAGUCUUGGUUUUCUCAUCAAUGCGGCGUGUCUGGUAGUGAUGGGCCUAUGGAUGCCAACCGAGGACAACUUAGUACCUGUCCUGGUUCUCAUCUGUUUGUGGGGAUUUGCCGAAGGAAUCUGGAUAACUCACAUUAACUGUGCAACAGGUCUUCUAUUCCCAGACAAUAUCGAGGCAGCUUACACAGCGUUCCAGUUCAUAGUAGCUUUAGGCCUGGUGGUCGGCUACUCCGUGUCACAGUAUUUGUGUAUGCUAUCCAAACUCUACGCCGUUGGGGUAUUUGCAGUGCUUGGUAUGACCAGCUUUGUUAUACUCAAAUGGCAAAUCAGUAGAGAGAGGCGCAUGCCGGUGAAGUGCUAAUACCUAGGGGUAAAUCCAAUCUGCAUGGGAAGCCUUUCCUGAAUCAAGGGAUGCACUUUACCUCCGUUAUUUUACAAAGGGUGCUUUUAACAAAGGUCAAAAUUUAAAUCUUGGUUACAGUGGUCCGAGGAACCCAUUGUUAUAUAUACGUGGAAAGCGUCAGUGGCCUAAUGGUUAGAGCGUCCGCCUCCAAGUCAGGAGACCUCUUUUCAAAGCCGAGCCCAGUCUUGUUGCUGCCUCGCUUGGCGCUCAGCACUGAGUGGAUAGAGGAAGGUAACCGGACUGGUUGGUCCAGUGUCAGUAUAAUGUGACUGGGUGGGGUGUAUUGUCACGUGUCAUCGGCAUAAUGCUUCCGUGGAGGCAGCACUUUGGCGACAUGGACUCGUUCUGUCACAAGAAGACACAGUAUAUACACAUACCGACUGACUCCUCGUUGUCAUAUGAUUGUAAAUUGUUAAGCACGACGUGAAACCCCAAGCACACGCACACUCAUAGGGAUGUACAUGUAAAGACUCAAACAUGACGUAUUACCGGCAUUCAGAAUUGACAAAUUCUAACACAAUCAAAACUAGCUUAUUGUAAAACCUGUUUGUUUUUUUGCAACUGUUCUGUAUGUAUUAUUCCAUAGGAUACCGGCUAAACAUCUCAUUCACGUGACUGGCACGUCAAAAAAGACAGAGGAAUGUACAGCUUGUGCGUGUGAACAUAUGCCCUGCAUGAAUUACGGGUGUAAACCAAGAAUACGUAUUGUGACAGUCAAAAGCGCUUCCUGUAACAGAGAUUAAAGUUUCCGUCAAAAAAUCCCUUCAUUGCCACCUUCAUUGCCACGUUUAUCAAUGAUUUAUUUAUUUAUUUGAUUGCUGUUUUACGCCGUACUCAAGAAUA